AUGGCCAAAGAUGCCGGAAAAGUAGCCCUUGUAUCGGUGAUGUUCAGUCCGUUUCGAAAAGAAGGAGACUCGUCGACGUCCAGAUAUCCUGUGGUUUGGGAUCUCAUCGGAUUGUGUGCCGGACUUGGAGCGGUGGCGUACUUUCAAGUGCAGAAAGCGUGGUCGGCGCAAGCCAUCGCACUGGUGUAUCUUAAAGAGGAGACUUCGCGGCUCGAGGAUAUGCACAUAACAGAGGACAAAGUGACCCGAGAUGUGAAAGUCAUCGAUGCAAGGAAACGUGUGGCAGAGACAAUGGGCAACCAGGCUGACGUCAUAUUCCAGGGCGCGCUCCUUGCCGCAGCGGAAACGGAAUCUUUGAAGGCGGAAGUUGCGGCACGGGACCAGUAUCUGAUGGUCAAAGAGGCGGUCAGGAUAUUUCAGAAGCGAUAUGGGAACGCAGAGCCAGGGUUCGUUGCAUUCAUGCAAGAUUUCCAGCGCACCGAACGGGUAGAGACGCUGAGACAAGUCACCAGAGUAAUAAGGAUGAUAGCCCGUGAGCAGUACGGCAACGCCAUCGGUGCAGAAGGAAAUGCGGCCUUAAACGUGAAGUAG